CACCCUUCCCAAAUCCGCGAUCAACAGACGACACUCGCCUACUCGUUCGAGUCGUUGAUCUGGUUGCUGCUUCACACUGAUUCCAUGCACUUGUUUUGAUAGGCUCCGUGAACCGUCCGUGCCACUACCCGUGAACGAAAUUUCUCUUGGACUGAAAAAUUGCAGAAAGUUGGAGUGCAGUGUUGAGUGUUGGUGCUCUUUUUCUGUUCUCUGUUCGUCCUUCCCGGCUUCGACUCGAAGUUCAGUUUCUGUGCGAGUGUCUGCUGAGGACAUUUUAUCUGUACCAUGCCGAAGUCACCAAAACCAAGUGCGGCAGCAGCGGCAGAGGAUGAUGCUCCAGUAUUUCCCGUUGAUGAGCAGAAGACAAUCGACAUUGGUAACGAGAAGACGGUACGCGCCGUCCUUGUUUCACCCAUCUGUAAGAAGAACACUAGCAAGACCGGUGUUAUCUUGACCCAUGGGGCUGGAGGGGACCUGGACGAGGAGCAGAUCACACUACUCUCCAUGGAAUUUGCCAGACAGGGAAUGUACAGUGUACGCUUCACCUACAAGGCACCUCUUGUCGACAAGCGCGCCGAAAUCUACAGGAAAGUCUUGGAAUGGUUCCUGCAGCAGGAUUGUGGUGUGGAGAAAAUAAUUGUGGGAGGUCGGUCUAUGGGUGCACGGGUGGUGCUGGAGCUGGCGUCAGCUGAGGAUCUGAAGGAGAAGAUCGCCGGCGCUAUCUGCCUGUCGUACCCACUGCACAAGGACGCAAGCUGCACGGACCUGAGAACAACGGCGUUCCCGACUGUCGCCUCGCCCGUCCUGUUUGCCAGCGGCACCAAGGACCCCAUGUGCCAUCAGACGGUGAUGAAGAAGGCCAUUAAGGCCAUACCCACCAAGGUAGAGAUGGUGUGGAUAGAGGGCGCAAACCACUCCGGUAUGCCCAAACGCAAGCGCCAAGAGGCGUUUGAGGUUCCUAACUACUUUCACACCGUUGUCGUUUGGGGCUGUGAUCUUGCUCAACGUGCUUUUGAGCCAGACCUGGCAACGAACAAUGACCCAGGCAAGAAGCCGGUGGCAGCCAUUCUUGCUAAACGCCGCCGUGACUUUGGCGAUGAUCCUGAGGCAAAGCGGCAGUUUGAAGCGACCAGAGCAGUACUGUGUCGCCAAUAACCAAUGACCAUCUCCACAUGACUGUGGAGGUUUCGUUGAUCUCUCUCCCCGCCCUUCGGCUGAAAUAUCUAUCACGGCCAGCGAGCAACAGUCCAACACCUUCUUGUCCUGAUCUUCAAAUGACCAAACUAUCUUGAUACUCUUCUAGUGAAUGGACUGCUCUUUGCUUUGAGCAUAUCUGCACCAAUUUGCAGCCAUUUUUUAAUACAGCAUCAUUCAAAGUUCCUAAAGAAUCUUUUCAAUCUCCCGGUUUUGUCCCUAUCGGCAAUCUCCCUCAUCCGCUCUCAGUUCUUGUUCUCUAUUCGCUUCACCUGUACCCGGAAAGUGCCAGGCAGAGUCCUUGCACCCAUCAAUGCUUCAGCAUGCUCGUCCAUAUCGUGGGCAUUGACAAGCCAACUCAGCACACGUUCUGACGUUAGUUAAUGUUAUCGGAGGACACACAGGGGCUACAACAGCCUAGGCGGAAAUGACCGCACACCAUUCGUCUGUUUGAUUCUUGUUCUGACAUUUAUGUUCUCAUUUGUGAUCUUGUCAUCGUCCACAUGUGUUUCUAUGUGUUUUGUUACUUUUAUAACUUUAUUUCUAUUCAGUAAAGUGAAUGCACAUGCAGUAGUCCAGUCCUUUAUCUGGAUUUAUAAAAUUUAAUGAUGUUUUAGCCCACGUGCUGUUGAUUUUUGACCUCUGCUUCGUAAAUGUCCCGAUUCUUAACCAAGCAGUCUGACGUACUGUAGCUCUUCACCAGAGUACUCUGAACAUACCUUUGGUUUAAUAAAGUUCUGCUUUGGCUGGUUUA